AUGGCGAUCGAAAAACCCUAUUAUGCUCCUGAUUCAGGCGGUCUGCAAAGACGGACCCGGGCAGAUGUGAUUGAACAGCUUCAGACCCGCGUAAAAGCAACCCAGGAAAAACUGGAAGAAGUUGAAGCAGCCCUCAACUGCUGCCGUGAAUACAGUGCACAGGAUAUCGAGACUAUCAGCAGACAGCGUGUCAAAAUUUUUGAGCUAGAAGACUUGGUCCAGAAACAGAAGACCACAAUCAGCAACCAGAGCAAAGCCAUUGCAAACCCCAAGAGAAUUCGCACUUGCCAGCCCACUAUUCCUAUGCCAAUAAUUCCUCCCACGCCCACUCAACAGCGCCCUAUCGUAAGGUCUCCAUGUUCAAACACACCCUUGUCAGCCAGUCCUUACACCUCAAGUGUCCUUACUCUCCCUCCUCCCACGUUUGACCUAGCUGCUAGCACUCCACAGGGCAAACUUCUGAGUCUGGAAGAAAACUCCAAGACGUCACUUAGCCGCAAGCGGUGUGGUUUUCCGAAGAGCAUUUGCUCCCUAGGUUCUUCAUUCGAUGCCGAGACACUCAUUCGGUUGAUCUCGACCAGACUUCAGAGCCUUUUCUCAAAGACGCAGACGUUUGGCCACAUGUAUACCAAUUUUCCUAGCAUUCAAUUUGAUAGUCAGUUGAACCCGUGGGUUAAGGAAUAUGUCAUGAAUAUCUCGGAUAAAAUCCAUGCAUCAACUUUGCUAGGAAAUCCAUGCACUAGGCUCUGCGUGGUUGCGAAAGCAAUAAACUUCUACCUCGUUCACCAUAUCUUGCAACCCAUAGUCGUCAGAGGGUUCGACGCUCAGAUGGAUAUGGAGAUCAAACAGAUACAGAAACACUUAGCCAUAGAUACCCCUGUGGUGGUCCGCCAUUCGCUGCUCAUUGCGAUGGCACACCAUAUCCAGGCCGUGGUAAAUAAGCCGAAAUUUUCCGAAUUCAAUAAAAACAACAUGCACUCGUAUAUGGACAAAUUGUGGAUGCUCAUAGGUCCCCUUACUCAUGAUCCCUUGAACCAACAUCAGGUGGUCUGGGUGGAUCUUCACGACAUCUUAACCGAGGCACAGGCGCUCGCAAUAGAUCUAUAUUCGUUACCAUUCGAAUAUAGAUUCAAGUUUCCUGCGGUGAACGAUAUAUUCGAGCCCGGGUCAAUGGUUAACUGUGAUCAAUUUAAUGAUGGGGGCCCUCAGACACUAAAGAAGGACAACACCCUUGUUCGUCUGGGCGUUACCCCAACCAUUAGAAUCAGUGAUAAUUCCACGAGUCCUGCUGACAUCAGGCUGGUAGGCCUCGCGAAGGUACUGUUGCGUCCUCCCCCUAGACGCUAUACUCAGCUCAUCCGUGAGAUGCGUGCUAAACGUGAUUUCACCUUUUCCCCAUAUCUUCAAGUCGUCAAUGCCUCGACCUUCAUGAAUCUAACUCCUGCGAAGCGGGUCACAGUCCAGGUCCGGACUUUGGCUGAUCGUCGCAUUUCUCUGGUUCUACCAAAGCGUUGCUACACGUCGAAUCCUGCGAAUGCUGCGACCAACGACAACAGGGCAACCAGGAGGCCUGAAUUUCACGACUACUUUGUUACACAUUUACCAUCUUCAUCUCUUCAUCCAGAUCCCCGAGCGCCAGUGAACUCCUUCUACAAACUUCCUCGCUCCGCCUCGGUUCCUCAUACCGGAGAGUCAUCUCACCCCCCAGCCUCCUUCCAGCCGCUGGUCGACCGGGAGACGACAGUCGUACGCAUCCCUCUUCGCAGCGCGAAACACCACUUCGGGGCAUCUACUUCCCGCGGAACUCGCCCGGAGAAUGAAGAUACAUAUCAAGCUGGUGUGAUCGACAUACCUGCAUUUGCGAGGCGUCCCCCUGCGUCCCUGACGAUCAAACGAUCGGGUGCCCAUGGGUCCCCUGCACCCCGCGAGAGUCAAGGGGCGGAGACUGCUAGUGGCGAUCCACAGGUUUUCUAUUUUGCAGUAUUUGACGGCCACGGGGGAAACGAAUGCAGCACAUUUCUACAGCACACGCUUCAUGAGUACAUACAGGAUUCGGCAGCGUCGUUCGAGCUCCAGUCCAGUCUAAAGAAACACAGGGAUGGCCAUUAUUCUAAGGACACAGAGCCGUCCACUGGGGAUUUGCCUAUUCUGCAAGAUGCCAACUCGCAACGAAUCGGGGAACUAGAAAAGCACCUCGUCCGAGAUUGGCGAACCCUAGUCGGAGGGUACUUCAAGAGAUUUGUGCCUCCUCAUUUUUCACAUAUUGGGAGAGGUGCCCGCGGAGAGCCAAAGGCACUGUCCGACCUACCCGAGGGUGUUACCAUUGAAGAGGUCCUUGAAUACGCUUUCCUCCGGACCGAUCUGGAGUUUGUAUCGGCACAAGCGGCGAAACAAGGCGAUGAAUUGGAGAACGUGGGUCACCCAUUAUACCAGGACAAUAUCCUCUACGGCCGUGAUCGUACACCGUCUCUACACGUCGGAGGAGUAAGACGAUUCAAGGGAGGUAGCACGGCUAGUGUCGCGCUCAUAUCAACCCCAACCCCUACCCCUUUCUGGCAUCCGUCUGGCCCGUCUAGUCUGUUGGUGUCCCAUGUCGGCGACACACGGAUACUAUUAUGUUCUACAGAGACAGGCGAUGCCAUUCCGCUGACUUCCAACCAUCAUCCGGCGUCACCGAUUGAGGCGAGUCGCUUACGACGAUAUGCCACUACAUUCGUGACUGACUCGUUUGGAGAAGAACGCAUGAGCGGAUUGGCCAACACGCGAGCCUUUGGUGAUGUUCAAUCGAAACGGAUUGGCGUAUCAGCCGAGCCAGAGCUCCGAAGGAUUGAGAUGGCCCCUGCGGAGUACUCAUUUUUGGUCCUCAUGUCUGAUGGCAUCAGUGGCACGCUCAGUGACCAAGAGGUUGUCGACAUCAUUAAGGAGGCCAGGACUCCCGAGCAGGGGUCUCGGGAUGUGGUCAACUUUGCGAAUGAAGUGACAAAGGAGGGAGACAAUGCAACCUGCCUCGUCGUCCGACUAGGUGGUUGGGAACGACGACUUGAAGGCGGUUUAGGAAGCAUGGGAACGAAAGAAUCUCGAGAAUUUCGCCGACAAGAAGCGACUGACCCGCGUCGGUCACGGCGAUGA